AAGAGUUGUUGUUGCGCGCGGGCGGACGACGAGAAAAAGUUGGAAACGCGGAUGAAAACAACGGUUGAUUUUCACCCAACGCUCGUGAUUUUCGACCGCUUUUGAGUGAAGAAGAGAAACAAACCGCCUGUUUUUUAACUGCAUGCGUGCGUGCGGGUGUGUGUGUGUGCGCGCGUGUACGUGUUUGUAGUUUAGACGCGCUGCUCGCCGCGAUUUCUGUUGUUUUGUGUGGCCCCUGUAACUACAGUAAAUACUCUGAAAAAUGUGGGCGAAACGUGUGCGAUAAAUAAAAGCCCGAGUUAGCGAAAAAAAAGAAAAAGUGUCCAACUCGGAGUCUGCUAAACAGGCGCUGUCGAUGUCCGCCAGAUAGCCAAGUGCAGAGACAUCCCUACGAUCAAAACGAGCUAACGUUACAAUAAAACAAGCACCCCCUCCUUUCCCUUCCCCCAAACUAAUCGAAAAGCCGGCAAGACGACGUCCAAGAAGAAGCAGUCACAGCCGACGCGGCCGAAGACGAGCAGCAUGUUCAAGUGCAUUCCCAUCUUCAAGGGCUGCAACCGGCAGGUGGAGUUCGUGGACAAGCGCCACUGCUCGCUGCCGCAGGUGCCCGAGGAGAUCCUGCGGUACUCGCGCACUCUGGAGGAGCUCUUCCUGGACGCCAACCACAUCCGAGACUUGCCCAAGAAUUUCUUCAGAUUGCAUCGCCUGAGAAAGCUGGGACUGAGUGACAAUGAAAUUGGCCGCCUGCCGCCGGAUAUACAAAACUUUGAAAAUCUCGUCGAGCUCGACGUUUCACGCAAUGAUAUACCCGACAUUCCCGACGAUAUCAAGCAUCUGCAGAGCCUGCAGGUGGCCGAUUUCAGUUCGAACCCGAUACCCAAGCUGCCCUCGGGCUUCUCCCAGCUAAAGAACCUGACCGUCCUGGGCCUCAACGACAUGUCGCUCACCACAUUGCCGGCGGAUUUUGGCAGCCUAACUCAGUUGGAAUCUCUGGAGCUGCGCGAGAAUCUGCUCAAGCACCUGCCCGAGACAAUAAGCCAGCUGACGAAGCUGAAGCGUCUGGACUUGGGCGACAACGAAAUCGAGGAUCUACCACCCUAUCUGGGAUAUCUGCCCGGUCUGCACGAACUUUGGCUGGAUCACAAUCAGCUGCAGCGUUUGCCGCCGGAGCUGGGACUUCUAACCAAACUGACCUACCUCGAUGUCUCCGAGAAUCGCUUGGAGGAGCUGCCCAACGAGAUCAGCGGCCUGGUCAGCCUGACGGACCUCGAUCUGGCCCAGAAUCUGCUGGAGGCACUGCCCGAUGGCAUUGCCAAGCUGAGCCGACUGACCAUCCUGAAACUGGAUCAGAAUCGAUUGCAGCGGUUGAACGAUACGCUCGGAAAUUGCGAGAACAUGCAGGAGCUGAUACUAACCGAGAACUUCCUCUCCGAGCUGCCCGCCUCCAUUGGCCAGAUGACCAAGCUGAGCAACCUGAACGUGGAUCGCAAUGCCCUGGAGUACCUGCCCCUGGAGAUUGGCCAGUGUGCCAAUCUGGGCGUGCUGAGUCUGCGGGACAACAAGCUGAAGAAGCUGCCGCCAGAGCUGGGCAACUGCACCGUGCUGCAUGUGCUCGAUGUGAGCGGGAAUCAGUUGCUGUAUCUGCCCUACUCGCUGGUCAAUCUGCAGCUGAAGGCCGUCUGGCUGUCGGAGAAUCAGUCACAGCCGCUGCUCACCUUUCAGCCGGACACGGAUGCGGAGACGGGCGAACAGGUGUUGUCGUGCUAUCUGCUGCCCCAGCAGGAAUACCAGCCAAUUACCCCAGCCCGUGACCUGGAAUCCGAUUCGGAGCCGUUCGAGGAGCGCGAACCGUCGCGCACCGUGGUCAAGUUCUCGGAGGAGGCCACCCAGGAGAAGGACACGCCCUUCGUGCGCCAGAACACGCCGCAUCCCAAGGAUCUCAAGGCCAAGGCGCAGAAGCUGAAGGUGGAGCGCAGUCGGAACGAGGAGCACGCCAAUCUGGUCACCCUUCCGGAGGAGAACGGCACCAAGUUAGCCGAGACCCCAACCGAGACACGAACCAUUGCAAACAAUCACCAGCAGCAGGCACACCCAGUGCAGCAACCCAUCGUUGGUGUAAAUUCCAAGCAACCAGUGGUUGUGGGUGUAGUCACUCCAACCACGACGAUAGUCGCCCCAGCCGGCGUACAGGGUGGCCCAGAGGGAGCCAGCUCCACCGCCAACAAUGUGAAGGCGGCAACGGCAGCUGUGGUGGCUGAAUUAGCAGCCACUGUUGGUGGUGGAGAUGAGGUCCAGGAUGAUGACGAGCAGGAGGAUGAGUUUGAAUCCGAUCGCCGCGUGGGCUUUCAAGUGGAGGGCGAAGAUGAUGACUUCUACAAGAGGCCACCCAAAUUACACAGAAGGGACACUCCGCAUCACCUGAAGAACAAGCGUGUCCAGCACUUGACCGACAAGCAGGCCAGUGAAAUCUUGGCCAAUGCCCUAGCCUCCCAGGAGCGCAACGAUACCACACCGCAGCACUCGCUGUCCGGCAAAGUGACAUCACCAAUUGAGGAGGAGGAGCAGCUGGAGGUGGAGCAGGAGCAGGAGCAGCAACAGCAGCAGCAUCCCUUCGACUCCUCGCUCUCGCCCAUUCCGGCUGGCAAAGCAGCAGAGGCUAGCACCGACCCAGAUAACUUGGAUGGCGUUACGGAGCUGCGUUUGGAGCAGUACGAAAUCCACAUCGAGCGCACUGCAGCCGGAUUGGGUCUGAGCAUUGCCGGUGGCAAGGGCUCCACGCCCUUCAAGGGUGACGAUGAUGGCAUCUUCAUAUCGAGGGUCACCGAGGCGGGGCCCGCUGAUUUGGCUGGCCUCAAAGUGGGCGACAAGGUGAUCAAGGUCAACGGCAUUGUUGUCGUGGAUGCGGAUCACUAUCAGGCGGUGCAGGUGCUAAAGGCCUGCGGUGCCGUACUUGUUUUGGUGGUACAGCGCGAGGUGACUCGCUUGAUUGGACACCCCGUGUUCAGCGAGGACGGCAGUGUGUCCCAAAUCUCUGUGGAGACGCGACCGCUGGUGGCGGAUGCCCCUCCGGCUGCAGCCACUAGCCACGAGCGUUACAUCCCGGCACCCAUCGAAAUUGUGCCCCAACAGCAGCCCACUCAGCAGGUGGCGCCAACGCAUAGCUAUUCGGGCAACGUGUUUGCCACACCCACUGCCGCACAAACGGCGCAGCCUGCGGCGACUGCUGCGCCCAAUGGAUUGCUACUGAAUGGCAGGGAGGCGCCACUGAGCUACAUCCAGCUGCACACAACGCUCAUCCGCGAUCAGAUUGGCCAAGGACUGGGCUUUAGCAUUGCGGGCGGAAAGGGCUCGCCGCCGUUCAAGGACGACUGCGCUGGCAUUUUCAUAUCCCGCCUCACCGAGGGCGGCCUGGCGCACCGUGAUGGAAAAAUUAUGGUGGGCGACCGGGUGAUGGCGAUUAACGGCAACGAUAUGACUGAAGCCCAUCAUGACGCAGCCGUCGCCUGUUUGACGGAACCGCAGCGAUUCGUGCGCUUGGUGCUGCAACGCGAGUACAGAGGUCCACUGGAGCCGCCGACGAGUCCCCGCAGUCCGGCAGUGCUCAACUCGUUGAGCCCAUCCGGCUAUCUGGCCAACCGACCAGCUAAUUUCAGUCGAUCGGUGGGGGAAGUUGAGCAGCCGUACAAGUACAACACCCUGGCUACGACCACGCCCACACCGACGCCCACUGUGCCAGCUAGUAUAAGCAACAAUAAUAACACUCUGCCCAGCAGCAAAACCAAUGGAUUUGCCACUGCUGCUGCCACGAUAGACAGCUCCACGGGACAACCAGUGCCCGCUCCCCGUCGCACUAACUCCGUUCCAAUGGGAGAUGGAGGAGACAUUGGGGCCGGCUCCACCACCAGUGGUGAUUCUGGCGAGGCUCAGCCCUCCUCGUUGCGACCGCUGACCAGCGAUGAUUUCCAGGCGAUGAUCCCGGCACACUUCCUCAGCGGCGGCAGUCAGCAUCAGGUGCAUGUGGCCCGGCCCAACGAGGUGGGCGUGAGUGCCGUCACGGUGAAUGUGAAUAAGCCUCAGCCGGAUCUGCCCAUGUUCCCGGCGGCACCCACCGAACUUGGCCGCGUCACCGAGACGAUCACCAAGUCCACGUUCACGGAGACGGUGAUGACGCGCAUCACCGACAAUCAGUUGGCGGAGCCGCUUAUCAGUGAGGAGGUUGUGCUGCCCAAGAACCAGGGCUCCCUGGGAUUCAGCAUCAUCGGCGGCACGGAUCAUUCCUGUGUGCCCUUCGGCACUCGAGAGCCCGGCAUUUUCAUAUCGCACAUUGUGCCCGGCGGGAUUGCCUCCAAGUGCGGCAAGCUGCGCAUGGGCGAUCGCAUAUUGAAAGUCAACGAGGCGGACGUUUCCAAGGCCACACAUCAGGAUGCUGUUCUGGAGCUGCUGAAGCCAGGUGAUGAAAUCAAGCUGACCAUCCAACACGACCCACUGCCGCCAGGAUUCCAGGAAGUGCUGCUCAGCAAGGCGGAGGGCGAACGAUUGGGCAUGCACAUCAAGGGCGGCCUGAAUGGCCAGCGCGGUAAUCCCGCCGAUCCCUCCGACGAGGGCGUCUUCGUGUCCAAAAUAAACUCAGUCGGUGCGGCCAGACGGGACGGAAGGCUUAAGGUGGGCAUGCGUCUGCUGGAGGUUAAUGGACACUCGCUGCUGGGCGCCUCGCACCAGGAUGCGGUCAAUGUGCUGCGCAACGCUGGCAACGAGAUUCAAUUGGUUGUCUGCAAGGGCUACGACAAGUCCAAUUUAAUUCAUUCCAUUGGCCAGGCCGGCGGCAUGAGCACUGGCUUCAACUCGUCUGCAUCCUGCAGCGGUGGCAGUCGCCAAGGCUCGCGUGCAUCGGAAACGGGCUCAGAGCUGAGCCAGAGUCAGAGUGUAUCCAGCUUGGACCACGAGGAGGAUGAGCGUCUGCGACAGGACUUCGAUGUCUUCGCCUCGCAGAAGCCAGACGCACAGCAGCCAACUGGCCAAUCGGUCCUGGCAGCUGCUGCUGCCAUGGUACAUGGCGCUUCGUCGCCCACACCACCUGCUGCUGCCACCUCCAAUACAACUCCCCUACCCGCAGCCGCUUCAGUGGCAUCUGCUGAUUUAACAGCACCGGACACGCCAGCCACGCAGACCGUGGCGCUCAUUCACGCAGAACAGCAGGCCCAUCAACAGCAGCAACAGCAGCAGCAGACGCAGCUGGCGCCUUUGGGUCAGGAGAAGAGCACCCAGGAGAAGGUGCUGGAAAUUGUACGCGCGGCUGACGCCUUCACCACCGUGCCACCAAAGUCGCCAUCGGAGCACCACGAGCAGGACAAGAUACAGAAGACGACGACGGUUGUCAUAUCGAAGCACACGCUCGACACGAACCCAACCACACCCACAACGCCGGCGGCACCUCUUCCCAUCGCCGCAGCAGAGUCAGCGAACUCGACCGCUGCUCCUUCUCCAGCUGUUCCAGCAUCCACGCCCGGCUCAGCGCCAGUUCUUCCUGCCGUGGCCGUGCAGACACAGACGCAAACGCAAACGCAAACGACCUCCACGGAGAAGGAUGAAGAGGAGCAGUCGCAACUACAGCAACGAGGCACCCAGACUCCAGAUCGCCUGACCCCCGGAGCACGUUACUCCUAUCAGCAGAUGCUGGAGUCGCAGGAGGAGAACCGAACUUCCGGCAAAGCCGCCCAGGCGAAGCCCAAGAAGGCGGAGCCCGUGUACAUCAUAGACGACGAGGACGAUGAUGAUGAGGAUGACGAUGACGAUGAUGCAGACUCCCAGCGGCUGGACGACAUCGACGCUAUCCAAGAGGAGGAUGAGGAGGACACGGAGAGCUCUCCGCCCUUGGAAGUGCAGUCUCCACCUUCCUAUGCAGACACCGAUUCCGAUACCUUCGAUCGUCGUCGUGGCCGUUACACCAGUGACUCGGAGAGCGACUGCCGGCCGUACAAACCAUCGAGAUCGGGACGCAGUACGCCGGAGUACGGUGGUCAUCGCAAGUCUGUGAGCUUCGAUCUCAGUGGAGACGAGCGCUCCAAGUCCGACUACGAGCGAUCACGUUCCCGUACUCCAGAUGGUUAUACUAGGGCCUACGAUUCGGAGCAGGAUACUCGAGGAUCGGGACGUAAUCGCCUGCCGCGCAAGGGCAUCUUGAGGGCCACCAGUCCGUGCGCCACGCUGGAAAAGUCGGAGCCCAUUGUGCCAGCAGUGGCACGCAUCCGUGAUGUGGAGUCGCCGCAACUGCAGCGCGUUUCCCGGGCCACUUCCCCUGAUCGACCUGGCGAACUGGACCGGGAAAAUCCAUUCCGUCACCCCGCCUCCGAGGAUGAUGAGUACACGCGGAUAGCGAAGGAGGUGAGCAAAUCGCCCCGUUCGCCGCGCUCCACGCGCGAGCAAUUCUUCUUCGGCUCUUCGAGGUCCAGCGAGGAUCUGCUGGAGCAAUGCCAGUCGCAGUCCAGCGGUCGCAGCACUCCCAACACAGUGAUCUCCAAGUCCACGGAGAAUCUCACCGGCACGCGACCAAAGAUACCUCCACCCACCGCUCCGAAACCGCAAUUAAAGAAGGCGAACCUGGUGCGAAAUGUAGCACUGGAAACAUUCCAGGCCAGCGAUGUGGGGCAAGGUGAUUUUACGGUGUUCGAGCACGAUGCCAGCACGAAUACGAUCCAUCCCGUGGAGGCCAAAGUUCCCGUUCGGGUCUCAACCAAGACGAAACCGAGUCGCCCGAGGGAAUCACCACCACCGCCGCCAGUGAAUUUCGCUACCCUUCCGAAGCUGCCAAGCACGCCAACUUUGCGUGAGGCAGAGGAGGAGUCCAUCUACAUGGAGGCGCUGCCACCGACGCCCUCGCAGCUUCGACCCCACGAAUUCCUGCACGAAAACUCACCGGACAAUAUUCUGGUAUCGCCGCAGGAGCAUCGCGAGUAUUUGCUGCGCGAGAACGAGCUGAGGAAUCAGUUGCGGGCGCCCUAUGAACCCGCUCCACCUGUACCCAUUGUCGGCGGCGGAUAUUCGGUAACGAAUCCCUUCCUAGAUAGUUUCGACACCGACAUUGACAGCCUGCCAUUGCCACCACCGCCCACACCGCCUGCCCAACACCAACAUACACGUCAUUUGCAUGAGCCGCCGUUUCCGCAGUUUCCGCAGUUUGCGCCACCACUAACCGCUAACGCAUCCACGUCUCCAUCUUGUUCUUCCAAUGCUGCUUCUGCCGGUGGCGCCACUAACCGCUUGAUGGAUUCGCCGCAACGACAGCUGCUGGUCGCCGGGUCGCCCACCCAGAUCUUUCCCACAGCCCAGAUACUGCCCGUGCAGUAUGCCAGUUUGCCGCAACCGCAGCAGCCCAACACGCUCACCCUCAAGACCGUUUCCCCCACUUCGUCCCACGACCCCCAACAGCCCCUGUUCAACCUGGUACUCCUGCCCGGCGACCAGGUGGCCAGCAAAUCCUCGCCAGCAAUGCUCUACCUGCAAUCGUCAACACCUGCCAGCAGGGAGGGAGGAGCAGAGGAGGAGCAGCAGGACGAGGCUAGAGCCAAACCGACACCGACUAAAGUGCCUAAAUCGGUUUCCGAUAAAAAACGCUUCUUUGAGUCAGCCAUGGAGGAUCAACACAAGCCCACACAAAAGACAGACAAAGUUUUCUCAUUCCUGUCAAAGGAUGAAGUGGAAAAGCUGCGACAGGAGGAGGAGAGGAAAAUUGCAACAUUGCGCCGUGAUAAGAAUUCCAGAUUACUGGAUGCCGCCAACGACAACAUUGACAAGGAUGCCGCACACCAGUCGAGCAAGAGCAACAGCAAGAGCAACAGCAACAGCAGCAGCGGCGAGGAUAAUGACGACAGCGACCAAGAGGAGGCCAUCGCUCGCAGGGAUUCCGUUGACAACGCCGCUCUGGGGCACUUCGAUGAUGCGGAGGACAUGAGAACCGCACAAAGUCUGGCGCCGACAAUGCCACAUGCCCCCAGCAAAAUACCCAAGCAGAAGUUGAAAGCGAAACAGAUUGAGUCGACUCCACCCACACCCACACCCACGGCACUUGAUCCGCCCAAGCCCUCGCUGCUGCCCAAGCCAAAGGUCAAGGUUGUCAUUCCACCAGCACUGCAACAACGUCUUAAGCAGCAGCAGGUGCAGCAGCAAGUGCAGCAGCAGCAGCAAUCCCAGCCCGAAGAGCCCUCAAUUCCGGAGGAGGAACAUGACCAGCAGCCAGAGCCGGAGCCGGAUUCGCCCAGCGCCGCAGGAGGCAGUCGCAUACCCGUAAGAACCCUGAAGGCCGAACGCCGCGCCCUGGCCUUGGCAGCCCGCCAAUCCGGACUCAGUGUGGUGGAGUAUCUGGCGCGACUGGAGACGCAGGAUGAUAAAGAGUCCCCGGUUUCGCCCACAACGCCCACUGGCAAAAGCCGUUCCAUGAUUAAUGCUGAGAAGCGCGCCUCCUGGCGGGCAGCUCGUCUUCGAUCACUGGAACAGGGAGCCGUCGAGGCACAGGAUGUGAUCAAGAAUAUGCGCAAGAUGACCGACGAUUUGAUCACCCACGAGUCCAGGGCCAGCGAGGCUCAGCCGAAAAUAGUCUUUCCCAAAAUUGCCAUAAAAUCGAGCGACGGUCCAGUCAUUGUGCGCGAACGCGAGAAAAUCCUCGAUGAGAAGAUUGUGCGACGCACUGAGGAGGUGGCAUGCCCCAUUACGGGGCGACCUCAACUGCGCACCGUCGAGUACAUUGAGAAAAUCAUCGAGACGGAGGUGGAGACCUGCAAGGAACGCAUCAUAUCCUUGGAGCUGCAGGUGCCCGAAACGGAGGACGAGGGCAGGCUAGAUGACACGCAACCGCCCCUGGAACUCGAAGCGGAUGACUUCCAAGACGACGAAGGUGACGACGACGACGAUGAUGAUGAUGAUGAAGAUGAAGACGACUACGAGGAUGAAGAUGAGGAGGAGGACACCGCAUCCAUUGUGACUGUGCAGGCGAACAAUGAGAAGCUGUUCCUGCGCCACGAUUCUGAUACCUAUGGUCCGUCGUCCAUUGAAAGUGUCGCAUCCGGCAAGGUGCGCAUCAAGCCCACGCCGCUGUCCCUUCACCAAACGCUGGCCAAGGAGACCACAAUUGUGGAGGUACUGAAUCCCGUCAUCGGCGGCGACGGCAGUGCCCGCACCAUCCACGUAAGCGGUGGCCUGCCCUUCGAGGAGGACGCUUUUGAGCAGGGCGCUGUGGCCGUGCUGCGCAGCGAAACUUUCGUCCUGCCAGGAGCCGCCGGCGGUGGCAGGUCUGAGUUGUCAUUAAACGCUAAAAUGAAAACCGUGCUCGAGGAGCUGCUGGAGAACGAGCGCGUCAAAUUGAAUUUGCAAAAGAGUCUCGAGGGCGAGGAAGAGGAGGACGAUGACGACGACGAUGAGGAUGAGAAUGGCAGUGCCUAUGGCGACGCGCGGGACGAUGUGGAGAGCGCCUAUGGCGAUGCCAUUGACGAUGUAGUUGACUUUGGCAGCGCCACGGUCACGAGCCGCUCAGCUAAUGAUAAGGACGAUGCCAAGAAUGGGAAUCAGCAGCUCCUCGAGGAGCUGAUUAAGGACAGCAACCGCAACACAAUCAUUGCUAAAUUGGCGGGCCAAUUGUCAGACGAUGAUGAAGAGGAUGACGACGAGGAGGAGAGCAGUGACUCCUCGGACGAGGACAGCGAUGACUCCGACGAGGAGGACAACGCUCAGCAGCAGCUGAAUGUCACCUAUGUGCAGGGCGCCCAGGUGAUCGAGAAUCUCAAUACCCUGGCCACCGGCGGAAAGCUGCAAAAGUCGCAGACCUACACGACCAUCAAGCAAGCGGAGGAGCCAAAGGAGGAGGACACGAAACUGGAGGAGGAACCAUCCUCGGAGAAGCCCUGCGGAGCUGAUACCCUGGCCCAACUGCAGGCCGAGCAACGCGCCCUGGCCGAGAUCUCAAAGCAGCUGCGCAAGUCGGUGGAGGAUUUGCUUAACGCCGAUGGCGAGACGGUGGUGGAAACGCAGAGGACCUACACUUUGCCCGCUCCCAGCGACAGUUCAGCGGUGGUCACGGUCACCGAGGUGGUCAAGAAGCAGAAGAAAAAGAAGAGCGAAACCGGGGAGGAGCUGUUCAAUCGCCUGCUAAGCGCCGGAGAGUCGGAACGUCAGGUCUUCGACCGACAGCAGGGCGAGACCAUCACAACCACCACCACGACCACAGAGGCUGUGAGCUCGGAGGACAACGAGCCCAGCACCAGUGUGGUGACCACCACGCGGACUGUGUCCAAUAUUGUGACCAGCGGCAUUCCCAGGCCAGAAACCAGCAAGCAGAACAACCGCAGCAGCAACAGCAACAGCAGCAGCAGCAGCAAUAAUAACCGCAACAAGAACAAGCGAAAGGGCAAAAAGAAGUAGGGGAUAUCCGGCAGCAGCUGAAAGGAAAUGGGCUGAAGUGUUGAAGUUGCGUAUACGCCGUGUGGUGGGUAUGGGUAUGAGUAUGAGUAUGUGAUCCGAGUGAAACCCUACGCGCACAACCUUCCGCACAAACACUCACUACCCACACACACACACACUCACAGAAACACACACAUAUCAGCGUGUUAGAGGGCUCGUUGUCAUCUCUCUACAUUAGAACCACUAAUUGUAUACAUAUGUAUAUUAUGUAUGUACGAUAUUCGCAUAUGUAUUGAUAAUUUUAAUUAAUUGUGCAAAUAAUGUGUCCCAUGCAUUUACAAAAUCCCAUUUGUUACUAAUCAUCAAAGUGUGCGCAUUAAAACAAAAAUAUUUUCAUUGCAAAUUAAAAACAAAUCGAACUGCCGAAUGAAAUAUUGCAAGAAUUUAACAGCAAAUUUAAUGUUGUGCAGCAACCACAAAGAAACGAGAGCAACAACACAAAUCGCCACACUGAGCCCAUCAGAAUUGAAUUAAUACGACAACAGCAUUGGACGAAAAAAAGGGAAACAAAAAUCUUAUUUAAUUGAAUUAAAUAAUUUCACUUUGUUUGCAUUUAACUAUCAUUUGCAUACUGCAUCUGGUUUUUCUCCCUCAUUCUGUUUUUCCAAAUGGGCUUUGCUUAUUUUCCACAAAUUAAAUUUACGUUUUAUGUUCUAGCACAAAAAGUAGGAGCAAUCCAAAAUCCGUGCCCAGCAGCCGGAGCCGAAGUAUGAAGUAUCCACGAUGAUCCUUCACGAGAACCAUUUACCAUAAACUUUAAGCAUUCCCGACUGCCCGAGUUUUUCGGGCAUACUCUUUCUUAGUUUUAGCCAUAAGCAAAGUAAACCCGCAACUAAAUAAAACUAGAUACGAAACGAAACAGCGAGAGCCGAGAACAUAAAUCAAAUAAUCGUAAAUAAUAAUAAUAAUAGUUAGCAGUGUGUAAGAGCGUCCAGUUGUAAUCCGUAGUAUGUAACACAUGGCAUAAGCACAACUAUGACAAAUGUCCUAUGGCGAUUUCAGUUUCCACUUUUAUACAAAUGUAAAAAUAUUUACAAGCAAUUUUAUGUAAUACCUAUAUGAUAUUUAGUGUGUAAACUCGUCUUUUUAUGAAAACGAAAGCAAAUGCCGCAAAAACGAAUGAAAAUAAACAAA